UCACAUUUCGUUCAGAAUCCUCAAAAUGCCGUUCAAAGCAGCUUCCUUUCUGUUGGUGGUAGCAGUAGCUCUGGUGUUGUUCAGCGCAGAGAGCAAAGCUGCUUGUGGAGAUCCGGUUCUCAACAAAUCAACCCCUAAGAUCAAGCGGUACUUCAUCUACAACGACAAACUGGUUACCUUCUUAGAGGCCUGGCAUCAGUGCCGAUCGCACGGACUCCAGUUGGCCACGGUCAAGAGUGCCGAGGAUGAUGCGAAACUGAAGUUGGCGUUUGCUGCGAACAACUUCAAUCAGAGAGCAACCUAUUGGAUCGCCGGAACGGAUCUCGGAAAAAAUGGAAGCUAUGUGUGGAUCACUGAUGACACGCCGAUCAGCUAUACAAACUUUCUUCCUGGUCAACCGGACAACUACGGAGAAGUUGAGCACUGCUUGUUAGUGGGAUGGGGAGGGUUAAGAUCUACCCAAUGGAACGAUGGAAAUUGUGAAGUCCCGUUAAGAUACGUUUGUGAGCUAGAAACUUGUGAUUGUUGAAAAGUUGGUACGAUCAUGUGCUUUUAUAUAAAAAUUUGUGGUGUGAAAGAAUCAGUUCGGUUGCAAUACAAUCGAGUAAAUAUGCAGAAAUAAAACGAUUUUUCUUGAUAUUCUCUUGAAA